ACUCGACAGGAAAUUUGAAAAUGGCGGCAGAAAGAGAUCCCAAGCAAAAUGCUGCAAGUGCAGUCGAAGACGAUGAUGAGCCAGAUGAUUGGGACAAGCGUAUCUUCAGCACUGGGUGCUCAGUCGAAAACACACGCCUGAACGAUUGCUUUUUCGAAAAGAAGGAUUGGAGACAGUGCAAGUCGGAGAUGGAAGAGUUCAAGCAAUGCUGGAAGAAGCAGGGCAAUGAUCGCAGGACCGAUCAAAAGAACGUCUGAAAUGAAGGCCAGUUGAGCAGCAGGUGAGCUUCAUGAUUGCACAGCAUGAGAGCUUGCUGGUCCAACGGAGGAUGAUGAAAUGCAACCGCAAUGGUCGCCAAUCAGAGAAACACUCUCAACUCUGAGCAAUUGUACAAUAUACUGUCUCUAUCAUUCCGUG